AUGUUUUCAACUAGCAAUGGACAGAGGAGUGGAAGUGCUGUGUUUGUGACCGAGGGCUAUCGGAACUGGAAGAAAGCGCUUCAAAAGGACAGCGGACUGCGACUCCAUUCGAACAGUGCAGCGCACAAGUUGUGCCAGGCCUUAUGGGCAUCCUUCAAGCAGAUGAAGGAAAAGGGCGCCGAAAAUUCAGUCUCCGUGCACCUCAGCGAGGCGUAUUUGAAAGAGCUUGUAGCGAAAAGCGAUGCCAUUGUGCUAAAAAAGCUGGAAAAUGGCCCUGCCAACGCGAAAUAUACUCACCAUUCCGUUCAGGAUGAGAUACUCUCAGCAAUGUCAGAUAUGGUUUUGCGUCGUUUCAAGACCGAGGUGGACAGCGCUCAGUGCUUUGCGCUUAUAGUGGACGAAUCUAGAGAUAUCAGCAAAACGGAACAGCUCUCUGUGGUAGUCCGAUGUGGAAUUCAUCUUAAGAACUGCAUCGCACAAACCUAUGACGGUGCAAGCGUAAUGAGUGGCAAGAGCAAAGGUGUUCAAGCCCUUCUCAAGUUAGAAGUGCCUCAAGCCCUGUAUGUCCACUGCUUCAACCACCGGCUGAAUUUGGUUAUUGUCGAUGCCUGCAAAAGCUUUGAUUCCGCGAGGACCUUUUUCUCUUUAAUAGAGAUGUUGUAUGUCUUCUUGGGAGGGUCUGCCACACAUGCGCUGUUCAUCACAGUUCAAAAGCAGGUGUGCGGCACAACGAUCGAACCGAAAGGCAUCAGCGAGACAAGAUGGACAUGCCAAAUUAACGCAUGCAAAGCCGUCCUACACGCGCUUCCUGCAAUAAUUGUCACACUCACAAAGAUCGCCGAAGGCGGAAGAUCAAGAUCAGCAGAAGCACGCGGAAUUUUGCACCAGCUGAACUUCACGUUUGUUUCACAUCUGAGUAUCUUUAGCGAGCUUUUGGGUGAGCUGCAGAUUCUUUCAGAUUACCAGAACAAGAACUGCGACCUUACUCAUGCCUCCAUGAUGGUCAGUGUGGUACUUGACCGAUUUAGAUACCUAAGGACGUCAGAGGGUUUCUCAAGCAUUUGGAGUCAGUGCUUAAGCGUUGCAGAGACAAACGGAAUUCGUCUCGUAGAAGAGCGAAGAAUCAACCGUCUGCCGGCGCACCUUGCAAAAUAUCUAACAGAAGCCCAGCUGCCCGGAGAGGACCCCAGCUACUCCACUGAAAACGACUGCCGUGUGCACGUGUUCCUUCCCAUCCUGGAUAGAACGUGCGAAGAACUUAAGCGAAGAUUUAGCGACAGUGAUCUCAUCCUGAAGGGUUUAAACUGUUUUCAACCUCAACACGAUCGCUUCAUGGACAUCUCGCUGGUCGAACCGUUUGCAAAGCACUACUCGUCCGACUGGGAUGCACUUGUGGCCGAGAUGAAUCUGCUUCCCAGGGAAUCGUACCGUCUUUGUGUUAUAGCGUUGACUAUCCCUGCCUCCAGCGCCGCCUGCGAACGCACGUUCUCGUGCCUUCGUCGGCUGAAGACGUAUUUCCGAUACAGAAUGUCUGACAAGAGGCUCGCGAACUUGGUGGUUCUCGCCGUGGAGAAGUCCACCGCGAAAAGCCUGGAACUAGAUGACGUUGUCAACGCCUUCGAUGGUGCCCAUCACAACAGACGGAUUCGACUUCACUGA